GUUCCCAGCCCCCCUCCCCGCUCCGGCACGCACAUUCCCAAGGCCGGGCGGGGCAGGGCGCAGCAGGCCCGCCCUCGGCGCGGGGCCAGGCUGGGCUCCUCCCCUCGAGCUGCGGCCGGGGGGCGGGGGGCGGGGGGCGGGGGAGAGGGGGUGGUGGCUGCAGCCCGGGUAGGGCCAGGAGACCGUUCCACGUUUGCAAACGCAGCCGCACGUCCAGGCCGACCCGUGCCGCCCGAGAUCCGCGCUGCGUCCGCGCCACUCUCCUCGCCGCCCCGAUGGCGUUCCAGGGCUGGAGGCCCCCACCGCCACCGCUGCUCCUGCUGCUGCUCUGGGUGACCGGGCAGGCAGCGCCCGUGGCGGGCCUGGGCUCUGACGCGGAGCUGCAGAUCGAGCGGCGCUUCGUGCCCGACGAGUGCCCGCGCACCGUGCGCAGCGGGGACUUCGUGCGCUACCACUACCUGGGGACGUUCCCCGACGGCCAGAAGUUCGACUCCAGCUAUGACAGAGACUCCACUUUCAACGUGUUUGUGGGAAAAGGACAGCUGAUCACAGGGAUGGACCAGGCUCUUGUUGGGAUGUGCGUAAACGAGAGACGUUUCGUGAAGAUUCCCCCAAAGCUUGCCUACGGAAGUGAAGGAGUUUCUGGUGUGAUCCCCCCCAAUUCAAUGCUUCAUUUUGAUGUACUUCUGAUGGAUAUUUGGAAUUCUGAAGACCAGGUUCAGAUUCACACCUAUUUCAAGCCCCCGAGUUGCCCUCGGACCAUCCAGGUGUCUGAUUUUGUGAGGUACCACUACAACGGGACGUUCCUGGACGGAACUCUGUUUGAUUCGAGUCACAAUCGCAUGAAAACAUAUGACACGUAUGUGGGAAUUGGCUGGCUGAUUCCUGGAAUGGAUAAAGGGCUGCUGGGAAUGUGUGUGGGUGAGAAGCGCAUCAUCACCAUUCCUCCUUUUCUGGCCUAUGGAGAGGAUGGAGAUGGGAAAGACAUUCCCGGUCAGGCAUCUCUGGUGUUUGAUGUUGCAUUAUUGGACCUCCAUAACCCCAAGGACAGCAUUUCCAUUGAGAAUAAGGUAGUACCUGAAAACUGUGAGCGGAUAAGUCAAAGCGGGGACUUUCUCAGGUAUCAUUACAAUGGCACGCUUCUGGAUGGCACCCUCUUUGAUUCCAGCUACUCUCGGAACCGCACGUUUGACACGUACAUUGGGCAGGGCUACGUGAUUCCUGGGAUGGAUGAAGGUCUACUUGGUGUUUGCAUUGGAGAGAAGCGAAGGAUUGUGGUCCCCCCUCACCUGGGGUAUGGAGAGGAAGGAAGAGGGAAUAUACCUGGCUCAGCUGUGCUGGUGUUUGACAUCCAUGUGAUCGACUUCCACAACCCUUCGGACUCCAUCAGCAUCACCUCCCACUACAAACCCCCCGACUGCUCAGUGCUGAGUAAGAAAGGAGAUUACCUCAAAUAUCACUACAAUGCCUCACUUCUGGAUGGGACCCUGCUGGACUCCACGUGGAAUUUAGGCAAAACUUACAAUAUUGUCCUGGGAUCUGGGCAAGUUGUGUUGGGGAUGGACAUGGGUCUCAGAGAGAUGUGUGUUGGCGAGAAACGGACAGUGAUCAUUCCGCCCCACCUGGGCUAUGGGGAAGCUGGCGUGGAUGGAGAAGUGCCUGGCAGUGCUGUAUUAGUGUUUGACAUCGAGCUGCUGGAGCUGGUGGCUGGCCUUCCCGAGGGGUACAUGUUCAUAUGGAAUGGUGAGGUGUCACCCAACCUCUUUGAAGAAAUUGACAAGGAUGGCAACGGAGAAGUCCUCCUGGAAGAGUUCUCAGAGUACAUUCAUGCCCAGGUGGCAUCUGGCAAAGGGAAACUCGCUCCUGGCUUUGAUGCUGAGCUGAUUGUGAAGAAUAUGUUCACCAACCAGGACCGGAAUGGAGAUGGGAAGGUCACAGCCGAGGAAUUUAAACUCAAAGACCAGGAAGCCAAACACGAUGAACUCUAAUCCUGGCACGAACCAGAUGGUGCCAGAGAGUACGUGACACCAAGCCACCUGUUGUGGCAGAACAUGCAGUAAGGGUGCAAGGGUCUUUCAGAAGUUGCAUCAUUAGCCAGUAGUAGGUGGGUCACAUAGUACCUGGUGUACAUACACAUCGGGGUGGGUUGAUAUAUGGGGUGAGAAGUUUAGGCUGAUCACCAGUGAUAGUAAACAAAAUCUGUGCAGAGGGCCUUAGCAUGGGAUGUGUCCAGUAUUGAAAAGGCUGUGCUGCCAACCAUGAUUUGUGAGCCUUCUGGGAAAUUUUGUUAUUAAAGGAAUAUAUAGUGUCAGACGGAAGUUAUAAUCAUCUUGGAGGAACCAUAAGAAAAAGUGUCCAGGGUAUCUAUAUAAAGAGGGUUAAUUUUUUUUUUAACUUGCUGGUUAAAACAUUUUUGAAAUAUUCUUGAGAUGGACAGGAGAGUCAAAGGGCUUGCUUGCCCCAGCAGGGUUCCCAGCAGACAGCUAUGGCUCUUCCUAGCAGCCUGUGCAAACUCCGAUGAUGGCCCCACCCCCGCACACACACACGCACAUCAUGCUUUUCCAGCUCAUCACACCCCGCCCCACUGUGGGCCUCCCAUUAAUAGUGUAUAACUUGGAGGUUAAUGGAGCCUUUUGGACAGAAAACUGGGCCAGGAAAAGGCAUCUCGGACCACAAACAGAGAAUUUGAUUCCUCAUUUGCAACAUAAGGUCAUCUGCUUAGCUUUUUCUUUUUUUUUCUUUUUUUUUUUUUUUUUGGAGACAGAGUCUCGCUUUGUCACCAGGCUGGAGUGCAAUGGCGCCAUCUUGGCUCACUGUAGCACCGUCUCGGCUCACUGCAGCCUCUGCCUCCGCAUUCAAGUGAUUCUCCGUCUCAGCCUUCUGAGUAGCUGGGACUACAGGUGUGCACCACCACGCCCGGCUAAUUUUUGUAUUUUUAGUAGAGAGGGGUUUCACCACGUUGGCCAGGAUGGUCUCAAUCUCGACCUCGUGAUCCACCUGCCUCAGCCUCCCAAAGUGCUGGGAUUACAGGCGUGAACCACCAUGCCCAGCCACUUAGCUUUUUCUCGUUCCUACCUUUCUAUCCCAUAGAACACUCUUUUUUAUCCUCCCUGAACCAUAUUGAUAACAUAAAUAGGGCUGAGGGCUGGGCCCCGCUGGUCACGCAACAGAGUAUUUCCCUUGGCCGAGAUGGAAGUUUCGUCCCAAUAGAUGAGCUGCUGAGCAUCAACAAGGUGACAUUUUUCUGCUGCCCAUUUGUGUCCUGGAGACGGUGGUACCCUGAAGGCAGAGGCCAGCUGCCGCAAGACAGCACUGACAGUCCACCUGCCGGCCUGAUUCCUGCAUCAUGGAAAAACCACAUGGCUACCUUCUAUCCUCUGUUCCCAAAUGGUGGUGGCACUUAUCCUGAACUCGUCAAUGAUUUCCCCUUGAAACUACUUUAUUUUACUAAUUUAAACUAUUUUGUACUGAUGUAGCCCUAAGGUAGUUCAUGAAAAUGCUGUGCACUCAUUCCACGGAAUAAAUGUUGGAAAGCUGAUCUUUUCUGAUAUAAAAUGUUGAAUUAUA